AAACUGCCCACCACUCAGAUUCUGUGGCUGAGAGCUGGGCCUGGCGAUGCCUGCUCAGGGUGGCCGCUGGGGCCGCUUCUUGGAGCAGCGGGCCAGGCAGCUGCAGCGCCAGGUGCAGGCCAAAGAAGAGCGGAUAGUGGAACUGGAAACGGAAAAUGCUGUUCUUCACCUGAGACUGGCCCAGUACCAAGGAAUGACUGGAAAGGGGGACAGCACGGCCACCCGGCUCUGCUCCCAGUGCCGAGAGCGGGACCUGCCGCAGAGAAGUACAGCCCCGACCACACCCCAGCUCCACUGCCAAGUUCAGUUGUGUGUUCUUGUCCAGAACCUGAAGCAAGACAUGAAGGCGCUGCGAGCCUCUUCUCUGGAGGUUUUCAGAACUUGCCGGGAGCACCUGCAGGAUGGUCUUUCCGCAGCGGUGGAGGCCGUCCAGAGGGCACAGCUCUGCCACGAGGCUCUGCUGGCCUGGCAGUCGAAGGCGGGUCACCUGGAGCGGUCCUUGCAGGAAGUAAGCGCGCGGUAUGAGCUGGAGAAGCAGAAGAGGAAGAUGCUUCACAAUUGUUUGGUGGAGCUGAAAGGGAACAUCAGAGUUCACUGUCGGAUCCGUCCUCUGUUGCCGUUCGACAAGGAGUUUGAUGAUCCAGCCUCACAGGACAGCUCGGUACCUGCAGGAGUGGUCCACGCCGUGGAUGAUGAAACUGUCCUGGUGAAAUGUGAUCGGCCUGCUCACCCUUUGAUUAAUAAGACAUAUAAUUUCGAGAGAGUUUAUGGCCCAGCAGAAUCUCAGCAGGUGGUAUUUGGGGAUGUGUGCCCGCUGCUUACGUCUCUCUUAGAUGGGUACAAUGUCUGCAUUCUGGCUUAUGGACAGACAGGGUGUGGGAAGAGCUACACCAUGUUGGGUCCACGUUCUAAGGAGGCGCACGUCCCCCCAUGGGGCCCGCACAGAGACCUCGGAAUCAUGCCCAGGGCUGCCAGAGAGCUCUUCAGACUUAUUUCAGAAAACCCAUCAAAGAGCCUGAAGGUUGACGUGUCCAUAGUGGAAGUGUAUAAUAACGACAUUCUUGACCUUCUGGCCAAAGAGCGCCGCACGGCGGUGUCUGGGCCGAAGCGUGACGCGCGGACAAGCAAGGCGGCAAAGCGGGAGGUCUCUCCGCCAACCCGACAGCCCGUCCACAGCGCGGAGGACUUCAUCGCGCUCGCCGCCGGAAGCCUGCCGCUCAGGGCGCGGCUCGCCACCCAAGUGCACGCCUGUUCUUCUAGAUCCCACCUGAUAAUAACGGCCACUCUCACCGCAGCCUCCCCCUGCGGCAGCCCCGCUGACCGGCAGUCACCUGGACCACCGCUCGAGGGGCGGCCAGCCUGGGGCAGGGCCUCGCCCGGGUCCCCGGGGGCCCAGCGACCCGCGGAGCAGGUGCAUGCCAAGCUGCAGCUCGUGGACCUGGCGGGCAGCGAGUGUGUGGGUGUGUCUGGAGUGACAGGAUCGGCCCUACGGGAAACUCUGUCCAUAAACCGGAGCCUGGCGGCCCUCGCAGAUGUCCUGGGGGCCCUGUCGGAGCGCAGAGGCCACGUCCCGUACCGCAACAGCCAGCUCACCCACUUUCUCCAGGAUGUUCUCGGAGGUGACGCAAAGCUCCUGGUGAUUCUGUGCGUGUCCCCCUGCCAGACACACGUGGCAGAAACGCUGCGGUGCCUGGGGUUUGGGGCCCAGGUGAGGCAAGUGCAGCGAGGCCAAGCUGGAGGGGGCAGUGCGGCCCCCCGAAAACCCAGCCUGUUUUCCAAGGAACCAGUGACAUGCUGACCCAUCAUCAAGGAGCAGGAGAUGCCCAGCAAGAAGCAGGGGGGCACAGGGACGUGGCGGCUGAGCAGAAGGAGCUGUGCUGUCUGCCUGCCAACGGGGAAGGUACAAAGACCAGACGAUCUGGGGUCGCAGUGGAGUUCCAGAACCACAGCCCCGGGCUCUCGUGCUGGCCGCCUGACCCGGACACUUCCCUCAGCCCGUAAAGCCCCGUUCCCUCGUCUCAAUAUGCCGGGUGAGCAGAA